AUGACUCGCCAUCGAAAAUAUGUCGCACCCAAUGCCUCCCAAGAGGAGCGAGAACCGCCUAGGCGCUUUCACCCGCAAUGGCCACCUCCGGAUAGCCGGUACCUCAAAAUACUACCCCAGGAAGAAGAAGAAGACACUCACAGACCAAACUUGAGCGAAUAUAACCGUCGCCUCAUCCCCGAAGUCGAGUCUGAUGAGUCCGAAAAGUCUUACCAUGAAGAUGCCCAGGAGCCACUCUAUACCACUAGAAAUAACCAGGCCAGUUCAUCACGGAGAACGCGAGGAGCAACGAAUAAGCGUGCCGAGAGCGAUCGCUUUGUUAGUGAUCGGGACUACUCUCAGCCCAUUCCGCUCCGGGGACACUACGAUCGCAGCAACCCAAAACAGCCUGAUGGCCUAGAACGAGAUUGGCCAAGUCGAAGAGAAGUCGAGAAUUAUAGCAAUGACAGCGAUCAUGGCUCCAGUGUAAGCUCAAUGGAAACGGGACCCUGGCGUGGGGGCUACGCAGCGGCGCAGGGGCAAACGCGACAGCCCACUGAUUUCGCUUUCGACCACGACAUACCCUCUCGGUCUUGGCUGAAUACACCGUCGUACCAAGAUUUUCGAGACGACGAGGCGCACGAAUUCUGGAAAUGGGAUCCAGCAAGGGAGGCGUGGGUGCACGUGGACAAAGAUACAGGAAAGACAAUAGUAUGUCCGAGGGAGCUCGACUGA